GAUGGCAGCUAUGCCAGCAAUGUUCCCGCCUUUCUCACCAAGCUGUGGACACUGGUGGAGGAUCCAGAUACCAACCAUCUCAUCUGCUGGAGCGCCACCGGGACCAGUUUUCACGUCUUCGAUCAGGGACGCUUCGCCAAGGAGGUUCUGCCGAAGUACUUCAAGCACAACAACAUGGCGAGCUUCGUUCGUCAGCUCAACAUGUACGGUUUCCGCAAAGUGGUGAACAUCGAGCAAAGCGGUCUGGUGAAGCCGGAGAGAGACGACACGGAGUUCCAGCAUCUUUACUUCCUGCAGGGACACGAACACAUGCUGGAACACAUCAAGAGGAAGGUGUCCAUCGUGAAGAGUGAGGAGACCAAAGUUCGUCAGGAGGACCUCAGCAAGCUGCUGUAUGAAGUCCAACUCCUCAGGACACAACAGGACAACAUGGAGUGUCAGAUGCAGGACAUGAAGCAGCAGAAUGAGGUUCUGUGGAGGGAGGUGGUGUCGCUCAGACAGAACCACACGCAGCAGCAGAAGGUCAUGAACAAGCCCCCUGAUGCUGGACGACAGCUCUGCCAGCUCUCCUGCCUCCAAGUUCAGCCACAGUCAUCCGCUGGAGCCCAUCCACGAGCCUUUCUACAUCCAGUCACCGUCCGGUGACACGGUUUCUUGCUCUGCUGGCGGGCUGACAGGAGGACCAAUCAUAUCAGACGUUACUGACAUGUCUCAGGCCGGCAUGAGCCUUCAGAUGCAGCCUGGUGAGAGCAGGGAGAAGUGCCUGAUGAUGAUUAAAGAGGAGCCCGUGAGUCCCGGGGUCCGAGGAGGAGGAGGAGGGAAAGGAGGUGGUGUGGGGGGAGGGGAGGCCAUGGCCUUGGCCUCCACCUGUGAGGUGUGCUCCUCCGAGCCUCCUGUCCUCCCCGUCGCCAUGGUGCAGUCUGUCCUGGAGGGCAGGGCUUCAGCAGCCUCCAUGGAGAGGAGGAGCAAGAGAGCUCACCUGGACAGGGCUGAGGCUGCCGACACCGUGGAGAACGUGGACAUGAGUCUGGAGGAGCUCCAGCAGCUGCUGCUCAGGAGCCAUCAGCAGGGUGCCGAGGCCGGAGUCAGCGCCGUUCUGGAUCCUUUCAGUUUGAGCCUGCAGCUGAACGAGUGGAACUUCACAGAGAUGGAGUCCAACAUAAAACCAUAUAUGUUCCAGAACCAGGAAGCAGAAGCGUUUCCUGCUGAAAGCUGUGAGGAACAGUGACUCGGAGUCAUGGAUCGUCCCUGUUCCAAGUGAAAG